GUAUUUUUUUCAAAUGUUCUGAAAUUUAUUGAAGUUGUAAAUUGUAAAACGUAAAAACUAUUUUCUUUCCAGUAAAUAGCAGAAUCUCUCUUCCAAUACUUUUUAAAGCUUAUUAAAAUGAGUUUAGAAUCUAUAAAAUACCAUCGUGGAAAUCUACAAAUACUUAAUCAGUUGCUCCUGCCACUAGAGACUCGGUAUAUUCAAUUAAACGGUGUAGAAGAUGGCUGGAAGGCUAUCAAUAAAAUGCAAGUGCGUGGUGCCCCAGCAAUUGCUAUAGUUGGCUGCUUAUCACUUGCUAUUGAACUACUGAAAGAUGACACAGCUGACAAAAAGAUUAUGAGGCAAGAGAUUGAAGGUAAACUAAACUAUUUGGUAUCAGCACGGCCAACAGCUGUGAACAUUAAAUUAGCAGCAGAGGAUUUAACUAGCCUAGCAAAUGAUUUGUGUGCGGAUGAAUCAAUUUCUCCUAAUGAAUUUAAGGAAAGGUUCAUCCAAAGUAUUGAGGGUAUGCUGGCAAAAGAUAUUGAGGACAACAAGGCUAUUGGAAAAUUUGGAUCUCUUGCCAUAUUGAAAGGACUGGAGAGUGAUGGCUUGGUUAGAAUUCUAACACACUGUAAUACUGGUUCCCUUGCUACUGCUGGAUAUGGUACUGCUUUAGGAGUUAUAAGAGCAUUACAUGAAUCUAGCAGACUAGAACAUGUGUACUGCACUGAAACUCGACCAUACAAUCAAGGUGCUAGACUGACAGCUUAUGAGCUAGUACAUGAGAAAAUUCCAGCUACUUUAAUAGUGGACAGUAUGGUAUCUGCAUUAAUGCAUUCCAGAAAAAUUACAGCAGUAGUUGUUGGGGCUGACAGGGUGGCAGCCAAUGGUGACACAGCCAACAAAAUAGGCACAUAUCAAAUAGCAAUUGUUGCUAAGUAUCACAGUGUUCCAUUCUAUGUAGCAGCGCCUCUUACAUCUAUCGACAUGUCUUUGAAAUCCGGAGAUAUGAUAAAGAUUGAAGAACGCCCAGAUAAAGAAAUGACGCACAUAGGCGAACAGCGAAUUGCUGCGCCAGGUAUUAGCUGCUGGAAUCCUUCGUUUGACGUCACACCUGCAUCAUUGAUUACAGGGAUAAUUACCGAGAAAGGUGUUUUCGCACCAGAGAAGCUUAUUGAAAUGGUUCCUACGUAGAAUUAUGUAAAUGCUAGAUAUGAAUAAUAAUUAGUGACCAAAUGCAGGCACAUAGUUAUAUUUUUAUA